UCUAGUUGUGUGUGGUCGUGACGGGACAUUAAAAUCCUCCAUAUCAGAGCUGAUCCUGCAGCAGACAGACAGAAGAUCAGAGUGUGUGAGGAGAGACGUGCAGCUUCAUGGCCGUCUGAUCAGUCUGGUGAAGCUUCAAGCUCUCAGUCGGCUCUCAGAGGAGGAAGUGAUGCAUCAGACUCUCCGUUGUGUUUUUCUCUGUGAUCCUGGAGUUCAUGUUUUCCUCCUCAUUAUUCCUGACGGUCCAAUGACUGAUGAAGACAAAGCAGAAAUGGAGGAGAUCCAGAGGAUAUUCAGCCCAAGGAUCAACAAACACAUCAUGAUCCUCAUAAUGCAGAAUUCAGAGCAUCAGACAGCAGAACUCAAUGAAGAAACAAAGUCUGUCAUUGAGAGUUUUGGAGGACGACAUAAUUUCUUUGGUCCCAACACACAAGUGUCCACAUUGAUGGAGAACAUUGAGCAGAUGGUGGAAGAAAACAGAGGAGAGUUCUUCUCCACAGAGACAUUUUUUGAUGCACAGAUGAAAAAAAUACAGACAGACAUUAAUUUUCAAGGUUCAACAGAGAGAGAAGAUAAAAUAAGGAUUGUGCUGCUGGGAAAAACUGGAGUUGGGAAAAGUGCAACAGGAAACACCAUCUUAGGAAGAGACGCGUUUAAAGCAGAAACAUCUCAGCAAUUAGUGACUAAAGAGAGUCAGAGAGAAUCAUCUGAAAUCAACGGUCGACACGUUACUGUGAUCGACACUCCAGGACUGUUUGGUACUGAACUUACCAAUGAGGAGAUCCAGAGAGAAAUCAGCCACUGCAUCUCCAUGAUACUGCCUGGACCACAUGUGUUCAUCAUUGUGCUCAAUUUAGGACAACGCUUCACUCAAGAAGAAGAAACAUCAGUGAAGAUCAUUCAAGAGACAUUUGGGGAGAAAUCUCUAAUGUACACCAUGGUGCUCUUCACCAGAGGAGAUGAUCUGAAGGAUAAAACAGUUCAUCAGUGUUUGGGGAAACCUGGAUCUCCUGUGAUGAAGCUGAUUGAAGCGUGUGGAAACAGAUUCCAUGUGUUCAAUAAUAAUCAGACUGGAGACCGAACACAGGUGUCUGAUCUAUUGAUGAAGAUAGACGCCAUGGUGAAAGCAAACGGAGGGAGUUUCUACUCAUGUAAGAUGUUCAGAGAGAUGGAAAUAGAAAAACAAGAACAACAAAUGAAGUUCCUGAUGGACAGAGUCAGAGAAGAACUGGUAGGCAAACAUGAAGAAGAGAUUAUGAAGAUGAUGAUGGAGGAAGAAAGACAGAAUCGUGACAUAGAGAGAAAGAGAAGAGAAGAGCAUGAUGAUAAAAGGAGUGAGAGGGAGAAACAGAUUUCUGACUAUCAAUAUCUGAGACUUACUAAGAGUAAAGAGAUGAAGAUGUGCUCUAAAACCGAUGAUUCAGUACAGGUGAGUGUUCAGUACAAGUUCUGUUAUUACAAAAAAAAAAAAAAAAAAAAAUUGUAACAGAAAUAAUAACCCACCAAAACUUGCCAAAAGGUUAUUGAAUGAUUUGUGUUGCUUUUAACUCCAAAAGGUCACAGCCUACAGGAAACUGGAGACUGAAUACAGCAAGUGGUCCUGGAGUCUUCACAGCACCAUGAUGGAAACUGAGAACAAACUAUACAACAAAAUAGAAAAUGAAGCAAUUCACGAGGUUGAUGAAACUGAUCUUCAAAGAGAACUGAAGAAGACAAGUGAAGAAGUGGAAAAAUCAAUGUCUGAAUUCUUUGAGAAAAACACAGAUGCAGAUAUACUGAUUCAGUGGAAAACAUCAUUUGAAAUCAAAAUCAAAGAGAUUCAGGAAAACAUUGUAAGAGAAAAAAAGAGGAAAUUAAAUGAGAUUCUUCAGCAGCGAGACCUGAAGAAAAUUAUUGAUGCUCAGAGGACACAUCAUGAAAACACUCUCUAUGAAAAGAGCAAAAAACUUGCCUUGAAACUCAAAGACAAAACAAAUGAUGAAGAAACACUGAAGAAAAAGUUUGAUUUGUUUUUGGAACAAUAUGUGAAGAAGAUCAUAGACACUAAACCAAUCAAAGACAUUGACAUAAUGAGAGAUGUGAAAAAGCACCACAGUGACAUCUAUAGAGGUGUUUUUUUCAAUCACUGGAUGGAGAGCAGGGACAUUUUUUCUGUGGCAAGUUAUUCUGAUUAUGUAAAGGGAAACCGGUCCAGUGGAUUUACAGGAGAUUUUAAAAAUGCCAUCAAAUUAGCAAUAGGGAGAUUUGGUUAUGCUCUUUCUAAAGAGGAUGAAGCCCAAAUAAGAUCAUUAGUCACAGAUGUUGGUCAGCAAGCAGACAAAAUUAUUCAGUCAUUUAACAUUUCAAAGAUGGGCUACAACAUCAGCUGCAUUCCACAACUCACAGAUUACAUCAGGGUAAGAGUAAAAGAACAUCAGGAAGGACCAGUGAAAUAUGUGUUUAAGAGUAAAUUUGUCAUGGACUUGGUUUAUUCCAUCUGUAAGAGAGCAAACAAGAUGAUCAGUGACCAACAUCGGCUGUUCAGAGAAGCCAAUGAUCCUGAAAUAUAUGUUAAGAAGAAGAGAGAAGAGUACUAUAGUAUUUUCCAGAAAUACUGUCAUGAAGCAACAUCACCUACCAUUUUUGGUGAGAUCAUCUGUCAGAAACUUAAAGAGCCCAUUGAGCAGAGUGUCUACAAGAAGACUGCCAGAGAUAUGACAGAUGAAAUCAGAUCAAACUGUGAAUCACUGAAUGGAAACAGAUCAAAUCUGGAGAAACACAUCUUGAAGACACUGGCAGAAGAGGAAGAUUUUGGAAAAUACAUGAACUACAUUCAUAAUCCCAAAGAUCACUUCAAGAGUUUCAUCAGAGAUGAAGUCAGUCAGUACAUCAUUCAUAAGUUCAGUGUCAGUGUUUUACCCAAGAUGAAGUGGAACAUUAAACUCCUGCAGCAGAAGAUCAUGAAAGCAGCACAUGAAUCUACUGAACAUGUUCAAGUGAAAAGAGGAGAUGUUGGUUUGUGGUUGAAGAGUUUCACACAGCAGCUCUCAGAUGAGCUGAUCUUCUCUGAAAAAGACCUCAGUGGAGUGAAACAUGAUGUUGUUGAUGAUUUUACGCUUCUAGAAGAUGUGAUGAGAAAACAACUUCCUGCUAUAAUGUCAGACAUCAGCAGUAGAUUCAACAGAAAGACAUUUCUAGUAAAUCUUGACUAUAAGGACAGACCACACCAGAUUCUGAUUGAUCACUUCAGUCAGUGCUGUUGGGUUCAGUGUCCGUUCUGUAAAGCCACCUGCACCAACACCAUAGAAAACCAUCAUGAAGAUCACAGAGUUGCUUUCCACAGAGUGGAUGGAAUUAAUGGCACAUAUUAUGGUUUAACACAGAAUCUUUGUACUGAUAUUUGUACAAGUUUAGUGGGAAGUGAUCAGCAUUUUAAUACACCAGAUGGUCAGUUUAAAUAUAAAGAA